GUGUAUGAAUGUGCCAUAUAAGCAAACUUGCCUUGCCUGAAAAGUUGCACUUUUUCAUCAUCAAAACAAAGAUCACAGACAGAGUCAGAUGACACGAUUAAGUGUUUCUCUCUGCAGUCUCUUUCUAAUCUCAAUGCAUCACAGUAUCACUUCCAUUUCUCAAGCAUGCAAACAGAGAACUGUUAGUGACUUGUUAGUGGCAUGUUUCACUUCUGCAUUACACCAAAGCAAAGGAAAGUGAAUUAGCCACUGUGUCACAGACUCUCAGAACAGACGGAUCAGCAUGACCUACAAUAAACACAUUCUCUGGGCCUUUACCGCUGCUCUGGCCACAGGCUGGGUCCUUAGUAAUGAUGAAGGAUGCUAUUAUGGGACUGUCAUGAAGCACUCAUGCAACUGGACUUGUAUGCUGCUCACUCUUCAAUGGCCUGGAAGUUUCUGUAUAGGUCUUACUAAUAAAACGAUUUGCAAAAUACCACUGACUAUUCAAAACUGGACCAUCCAUGGCCUAUGGCCGAUGCAUACAGGUCACUGCUGUAACUGUUGGCCAAUAUUUCAUUCCCACCUUCAGGAAAUCGAGCCAGAACUCACUCAGCUGUGGCCAUCUUUAAUAAAAGGAAAGCAUUUCUUCAACUUUUGGAGGGAGGAAUGGAUUAAACACGGGACGUGUGCUGGCUGUGACGGGGCCAUGGGUUCACCGCUACUUUACUUCCAGGCUGCAGUCAAGCUUCGAAAACUCUUUGACAUUAAUAGCGUCUUGGAAAGCUCUGGAAUCAAAGCCUCAUGUGAGGUGUCCUAUAAGUAUGACGACAUAAGCAAGGCCCUGACCUCACUGCUGGGAGACAACUUUGAUUUGCAAUGUGUGACAGACAGUAAGGGUCGUGAAGCAUGGAUCCAGCUGAAGAUCCAUCUUUCGAGGAACCAAACCAUUGGAUGCCCCACAGAGAAGCAAGACGAAGCAUUCUAUAAUUUAGCGUGGUAUAAAAGCCCUGGACAUCCUUGUCCGAAGAACACCACCAUCUUUUUUGUCCCAAUUAACUAUGACAACCCUCAUGAGCCAUGUAACUAAGAGAAGCCACAUCAUUUCACUUAAGCUAAAACUAUAGACAUGUACACAUUUGACCAUUGUGUUCUACUUUACAGCUGUGUUCUGAAUAAAAUCAAAUUCAACUUUG